CUUAGCGCUGGAUGGCUCUCUGGCAUCCUGUGGGUGGGAACAGGUUAUCUGAGAGCCAGAUCACGGGGGGAGGGAAGGCGAGAAAGAACGUUUAUUUAAGAAAAAAAAAAAGAAGUUCAAGACUUUAAAAACAAUUUUUAAUUUAAAAGUACACCCGAAGUCCGGGCAGAGGGGGCUGGAGGGUGAGAAAGUCAUUUUAGUGCAAACUCCAUAUAAGGAAGAAGAGACCAUCCAUCGAGGACCCACCACGGAGUCAACUGGGGACCGAAGAUGUUGGACAGCAUCACCCCUGGUUUUCAGGACCGGUGCAGGCAUAUGCUGCCCACAUUGCCCUCGCUGAGCCAGGAGGAAGUCUCUAUUAUAUGGGGGAAUGUUUCAGAAUUUGUGAAACGGCAGCUAACCAUGCACAAGGGGGUUCAGAUUUCAGGACUUGGAACUUUCACUUUCACAAGACAGAAGCUCGAAGUGGGAAACAACAAAUUUAUUCUAGUUCAGAGGCCAGUGUUUGUCAUAGCAGAGAAGUUAGUGCAGACCCAUGGACUCAAACAAAACAAAGUAUAUUCGCCUGGUGAUAUUCCAAUAGUCCCACUUAAUUUUGUCAUGAUAUCCCUGGAGGGUCCCUUUAACAGGGAUACAGUGGAAGGAUGUGUUAAGGAGACAUUACUUUUUUUGUCACGAUCCAUUUCUGUCAAACAAAACGUGGAGUUCACAUUCAAAGGAAUUGGGGUCCUUGUGAUUAAAGACAGCAAAGUGAAGAUGAGAUUUUAUAAGGACUUCCUUUGUACGGUGGAUGGAAGUGGGACUUUGACGAAAGCCUUGGCAAAUAGACCUGGUACUGUGGACUCUGUGCUGUCUAGCAGAGAGGCCUUUGGAAAGCGGCCUGACAGUGCACUUGCAUUUCCCAGGAUUGAGCAUAAAGAGAUGGAGAACAAACCACCCUUGGACACCAUUGUAGAGGAAGGUGGAGAGAACAAACAAAGGAAGAGCAAGUUGAAAGACCAGUCAGACAAAGAAGGCGCCAGAGAGAUCUUGUCACCCAAGAAACAUCGUGAUAGACAAUUCAUCUCACCUGCUAAAGUGACAAGUGUCAGCCUGCUGGACAAGUUUGAACGAAGUGGGAAGGGUGGGAAGACCGUGACUCCGGAACACUUAUCAUCUUCUGGUUGUCUGAAAAAUGACGAUGAGAAGCCCAGAACAUCUCUUGACCCUGCUUGCCAGGAUCAUAAUAGGGCAGGACAGGAAAUGUGCUACGUGUGCUUGCAACGAGCACAACGAAAUUUCCCGUUGUACUACAGUGAGGAGAGGAGGAGGCGAGAGAUAGAGGAUGAGCAGCUCAUGCAGCAGUACCAAAUGUUCAAAGACCAGGAGGCUUUCUUCAAAGACCAGGUGAAAAGUAUGGCUGCUAGAGAACAGAAUCAGAAAAAUGCUGCCUACAAUCUUGGAGUUGCUGAAGCCAUAAGAAAUCACAAGAAUGAAAAACCUGAGUUUUAUAAAUCUUUCCUGUUUGAUAAACGGCCUUUUAGUUCUGAGAUUAAUGCUUUUAAGCAAGAGGAAUACUCCCAAAGUCUCCUGAAACAAAUGGAGAGCCGACGGGAGAAAGAAAUAAAGCAGAGAGAAAACAGAGAGCUGAUGGACCGCCUAGAACAAGUCCAACUCACAGAAGAACUUGCUGCUCAAAGAGCCAAAUACUUAAAAGAGAAGGUGGAAGAAGCACAGUGUUACAAGAGAGCUUUGGAUGCACAGGUAAAGAACAAACCCUCCCAGUUGCCCAUGUUUGAGCCAGACUCCACUGAGCCCAUCUUUGGUAAGACUGAGGGUGAACUGGAGGUGGACAAGCGAAAGCGAGAGCAGAGUUACAUGAAGCACCAGAUGGAGGCCGCUGCUAGCCUCAAGAGGAAUGCCAUCCUGAACCAGCUCGCGGAUCAGAAGCGUGAUCUGCUGAUGCUUCAGAGGACAUACAGAGAGCACUUGGCAGACAGAACUGCUGAGCUGGAUCGAGUGAACAGAACCAACCAAUGCUUGCAGGAGGACUGGGAACGGAGCGUUGCAAUGAAGAAGCAGCGGGACCUGGAGGAAAAGGCUUUUGAGCGGGCUUCAGACAAGCUGUUCCUCUUGGACCAGUGUGAGAAGUAUGGGCGCUGCAGGCAGUGCCAGAGGCGGACCUCCAAUGUGGGCGAGAGUAACGUGUGGCCCCUGAACAAGUUCCUGCAGGGCUCCCGGCUGCUUGUGUAGAACUCAAAGUUCCCUGGGGAACAGGAAACUAUCUUUUACUUGUUUGGAGUGAUUGAAUAUUUGAUAAGUAAAAAACUAUCUUUUA